AGAAUGGGACAAAGUUUGAGAAGAAAGCAUGACAUCACUCAGACUUUCUCUCCACCCAAAGAGAUCUUGGAUGAAGGUGCAAACGUGAGUCAGACAAGCAAGAAGUUCGCAACUCAUUUCAAUCCAGUUCCUAUCCAGGAAAUAGUGGGAGUUUGCCUUAUGUACAAUAAAGAGGUAUUUUUUUAAUUGAAGAACCAAAACUGACUUCGGAUCUUUCACAAAGUGAAAACAGUUGAAAGUAAAAGACAACGAUAGAAAGCAAAAGUUGAAAAAUAAGAUCUCUCUUUUUUGGCACCAACUGCAGCAGAAUUGUAUGCAUUUUUUCUGUGGAACUGUACAUUUUUGCAACUAAUAGAUUUCAUCUUAUAAUUUUGCUCCAAUCAUAGUAAUACAUUUAUGAAUAACAAAAGGAAUCCAAGUUUGAAGGAGGCAAAUAUUUCUGAAGGAUCUGGAAGCAUAUUUUGCUGUCACUGAAGGAAUGGACAUCUUGAACCUGUGUGGAAAAUGCCUCUUUUAAAAGAAAACAAAGUGGCAAAGGAAAAUUUGUGUUUGUGAUUGAAAUCUCAAAGGAAUUUGGUCUCAGUUGCACUUUUAACCUCGAAAAGACCAUGAACAAUUUGUUGUCUCUGCUCUGUCAUUAUUCCUUGCUGAUUCUAUUUCAGUCUAAAUAUCAGGUGUAUGGAAACAAUUCACGACUAUCCAAACACCCAGGGUUUGAAGUUUUACAGACAGCGUCCCACUACUGGCCCCUGGAAGAUAUGGACGGAAUCCAUGAGUUUCGGGAUACAAAUGGAGAUAUUGUAGAAGGAAUGGUCAACAAAGGAAUUUACCUCACUGAACCAAAAAGAGUUACCUUUCUCAUCUUUGGAAACUCCCAAAACUCUUGCAUUAGUAAUCCAGAAAUGUGUGGACCUGAAGGAGUAACAUUUUCCUUUUUCUGGAAGACUCAGGAGCAGAAGGCUAACUUUCCCCCCGCCUAUGGUGGACAGGUCAUUUCCAGUGGUUUCAAAAUCUGCUCAAGUGAAGAUGAAGGCUCUCUGGAAUUUUAUGCCCGUGGGAAUUCAAUGAAGUGGGAGGCAAGCUUUAGUCCCCCAGGUCCUUUCUGGACUCAUAUUCUCUUCACAUGGAAAUCAAAAGAAGGUUUGAAAGUCUAUGUCAAUGGAACUCUAAACACCACCGACCCAAAUGGGAAAGUUUCCUAUAGCUAUGGGGACCCCAACGCAAAUCUGCUGACAGGGACAGAGAAUGAUCAGAGCAAACGCUAUGUGAACGGGGCUUUUGAUGAGUUUAUCAUAUGGGAAAGGGCACUCACCCCCAAGGAAAUUGAACAAUACUUUACAGCUGCUAUCGGCAAGCAACUUUUGCUUUCUUCAACACCUCUGUGGCCCAUUAUGACAACCACUACAAAUCCCAUGCUCUCCACAGAUGCCUAUCAUCCUAUCAUAACUAAACUGACCGAGGAGAGGGGAAACUUCCAGUACCGAGGGGACCUGCUCCGCUAUCUGAAAAACAUGUCACUCAGUUUACCCAACAAAUCCCUGUUGGAGAAUACUGCCUUUAACUUGACAGAGGCUUUCUUGAAAGCUGUUGAAGAUUUUCAUUUUUUACCCAGCUUGACUGGCAUAUUGGAGACUGCUCCUGUGAUUGGAAGUUUAAUCGAAACAAUUGACAAUGUGAUGGUGCACAUGGCCUGCAAUCUGGGAGGAAACCCAUUCGUUGUAACCGUUGAGGGCUCAUCAACUGUAGCAGAUUACUCUUUGGUCAAAAUGCGUCCUCAGACUUUGAAUUUGUCACACUACCGCUUCCCAUCACAAGGACGGAGUUAUAUUUCUAUCCCCAGUGAAGCUUUUCAUAACAAAGCUUGGGUUACCAUUGUGGGCCUUCUUUACCAUAACAUGCACCGUUUCUUCCAGGACAUCAACCCUAUGGACACCAAGAUUGCUGAGGCUGCUGCUUAUAAAGGCUACAAGAUCUCUGCAAUGAGCUAUGUUAUUUCCCUGAAGGUGGAGCCACCGCCAACCUUGUCUCAUAAUCUGUCAGGAUCUCCUCUUAUUACCAUUCAGCUCACCCAUAAAUUGACUCCUCAGCAGUACAGCCAAGCAGUGAAUGAAAGCCACAAAGUUAACCUGUAUUGUGCAUUUCUGGAUUAUAGCAAUGGAAGUGCCAUGUGGUCUAAUGAAGGCUGCGUGCGUGAUAGCGGGGACCUCAACUAUUCCAUCUGCCUGUGUAACCACCUCACCAACUUUGCCAUUCUGAUGCAAGUUGUACCCCUGAAGCUGACUCCUCAACACCAGAUGGUGCUGUCAUCCAUCACUUACAUCGGCUGCUCCCUGUCCAUCUUCUGUUUGACUAUCACUCUGGUCACGUUUGCUAUACUGUCAUCUGUCAGCACCAUGCGUAAUCAACGCUACCACAUCCACGCCAACCUGUCCUUUGCCAUCCUGGUGGCUCAGAUCCUGCUUCUCAUCAGCUUUCAAUUCAGCCCUGGAAUGGUGCCUUGCAAAAUCUUGGCCAUUCUCCUUCAUUUCUUCUUCCUGAGUGCUUUUGCUUGGAUGCUGGUGGAAGGAUUUCAUCUCUACAGCAUGGUGAUCAAAGUGUUUGGGUCAGAAGAGAGCAAGCAUUUAUACUACUAUGGGAUUGGAUGGGGGUGCCCACUGGUAAUCUGCAUCAUCUCUGCAGCUUCAGCCAUGGACUAUUAUGGAGAACAUGAGAAUUGCUGGCUUUCACUGAAGAACGGUGCAAUCUGGGCUUUUGCAGCCCCAGCAUUGUUUGUAAUUGUGGUCAAUAUUGGCAUUCUCAUUGCCGUCACCAGAGUCAUCUCGAGAAUCAGCGCAGACAACUAUAAGGUGCACGGAGAUGCCAAUGCAGUCAAGUUGACAGCUAAGGCAGUUGCUGUAUUGUUACCUAUCUUGGGAAGUUCAUGGAUCUUUGGAGUUCUAGCUGUCAAUGACCAUGCAGUAGUAUUUCAGUACAUGUUUGCAAUAUUCAAUUCCUUGCAAGGAUUUUUCAUCUUCCUGUUUCACUGUCUUCUGAAUUCAGAGGUUAGAGCCGCCUUUAAGCACAAAACCAAGGUGUGGUCCCUCACCAGCAGUUCAAUUCGAAACAUCAAUGUGAAACCCUUCAACUCCGAUAUCAUGACUGGGAAUAGGCCAGGUACAACUCCUACGAAGAUGAACACCUGGGACAAGAGUACCAAUUCAGCCAAUCAGAUUGAUUUAUCAGCAGUCUGAUAUUAGACCCAGAUUCUCUCUGAAAAAUCAAGCCAUACCUUCAGGAUCUCCAGUACAGUGCCCCCCCACCCAGUAUUUUCUCACCAUUAAUGCCAGUAGGAACUGCUCUUCUAAUCAAUGCCUAAUAAAUUGGAAUUUGCCAUAUUGCUUUGCCGAGUAUGUACAAGUCUGUCUUCAUCUGCCUCCCUUCCAGGGUGUAAUGCAAUCGACCAUCAGCAAUAGCUGCAGAGUAACUAGCACUACUGUACACUGGAUGGUUUUGUCAGUGACGAUGACAACACUAGGGAUGGGACGGUUAUUGCGAUCUAAAUCUAAAGGUCACGUAUUUCAGGAAAAAUGCAUUUUUAUGCUCUGAAAAUGAAAUGCUUCCAAUUGUGAUGUUGUAACAGGGCUAUUCUUGUUUAGCUGUGCACUCUCUGUUUACAUGUAAUAUCUUAAGUAAUCCAAUUAUCCCAGAGAAACUUAUUAACACCACAUACUGCCAACAGGCAUUUUAUGGGAACACUGUAAAGAAGCCAGACCUUGAGGGGAAAAAAAGAAAAAUUCCAGCCAUUCAGCCCACUCUGUAGACUUGGGACCAGUGAAGCAGAUAUACACUAGGUCUACAUACACACAAAUCACGUGUGCACACACACAGACUGCUAACUUUUUAGAUAUUCCUUUUUCCAGAUCUGCAAUAGAUAUAAAUGGCUCUGACUGCCCUGCUCCAAUCCGCAAUGUUAGUUUCAUUUAAAGGGUGAUUUCUGUCUGCUGACUAACCGUAAUAGAAGCUAGUUGUCUCAGUCUUUCAGACAGAUCAACAAUGGUCCAUCACACGCAUUUCACAAAUGGAAUUGACCUGUAGCUUCUGGAAAUCAAAACCCACACUGUGACUUAUCUUUCUCCUUUUAGUGGUCAGAAUGAGACACUGAAUUCCAACAAAAUACUGUGAAGGUAGCAAGACUGAAGAUCGGUCUGUGUAUUGGUAUCUACAGACAGCUUUUAAACAGACCUCAAGACAGUCUUUUGUGGUUUAGACUCUACUCAGCAUUCAGCAGCUUUUGCUUCUAAUACAAUUAUGUGGUAUCUUCAUGGGGGGGAAAAAGACUCAUUUUUCACUGGAGCAAUGUCUUCCUGGUUCUUGUAGAUUGUGUCAGUGGGUAAUUCACUGAAGGUAGUUUGGACACACUGAGGCAGACCCUCAGCUGCACUAUUAUUGUGCCCACCCAGCGGGGUUGGUGGGGGAGAACAAGGUGGGUUUUGCCAUGAAUAUGCCCCUAUUAUCUUGAGGCUGCCCAGGGGCUAAUUUGGCCUCAAAAACAUGCAUCUUGCUCUAUUUGCUCAGCAACAAUGGUCCCAAAGGGAACACUCCACCAGCUCAGUCUGCUCAGACAAAAACGCCAUUGCAGCCACGUCUUUUCUCCUCGCCAUAUUUCUAACACCCCCUCCCCAUGCUGCCCCCAUCUCACCCGGGGAUUCCCCUUCAGUAGGCAAACCCCUAGGUAGUUGGUGCUUGCUUUCCCAAUGCUUUGUGUCACCAGCUGUAAGGGGGCUGAGGAUUUGAACCAGUAUUUUCAAAGUAUCUUUCCCUACUUAAUUUAAUGUUUAUACCUUCCAAAGUUAAGGCCAAGGCUGAUCCACUGAAGUCAGUGACAGUCUCCCAUUGAAGUUAGUGGGAGUUUUAUCAUUGGUUUUAGGGGACCAGGAUUUGUUCCCUAACUAACUAAAAAGUUAAUCAAAUUCUGCAGUUAUUGCAUUAACUUAAACAAAUUUACUCCAGAUUUACACAGGCAAAACAGAGCAGAAUUUGGCCCACUGUGUCUAUCAUAAAUACUUGUAAAUACAACCAUUUAUUAAUUCUAAUCCUGUGAGCAGAAUACUUCUAUUUUGUUGACAGCUAAAUGUAAAAGCAGGGAAAGAAGAAAGCUAAAUAUUUAAGUGGCUCUCUCUCUCUAUUGGCUUUUGUGCAUAGGCUUGCUCUUAGCUCUUUGAGCAUUGGAAUAAUUAUCACAACUGUGUAAAUAUAGCAGACCCUUCUGGAAAGAGAAUGUCUGUUCCAAAAGAUACAAUAGAAAGAGCGACUGGAAUAUAUGGAAGCAGGUUCUUGUAACAGAACUGUACUGUGAUAACAGGGUUCAGAGUGUCUGUGUUGUGUGCUGAUAAAAUAUUUAAACAUAUUUUUGAUACCGGAGGACAUUUUAAAAAAAAAACCUGUGACCAUGGAUAUAGAUUUUAACCCUAUUAGGCGAUUUCUAUUCUAAUCAUUAUGUUGUAGUAAAAGCGAUGUUGUGAAUGAGUCAUAGAAAAUACAGGGGUUUUAAGAAAAACCUGGAUUUUAAAAUAUUUAUAAUUCCCACUGUGCCAUUUCUCACUUUGAACGUUACUCCUACGCUAAAUUUACAGCAGUCACCUAAGUUACUGUCAGUAACAAUGAUUAUCAUAGAUCCAUUUGAAAAUAACAUUUGACAUACAGUACAACAGCAUCUACUAUAAAGGGUUAAGUCUAUUUUUUUUACCCAGGUACAACAUAUAACAUGGUCCCCAAAAUACAUCAGCAGACUCAAUGAAUCAUGAACAUGAUUUUUUAAACAUUUUGGACUAUGACAUAGAUGUAUUAUAUAAGGAGUGAACAUUCAUUAACCCAUAUGUAUUGAGACCUAUUGUAGAUACUGCAAUGUUUUCCAGUACAUAACCUGUGUCCCAUGCUUUAUCUGUGCAUUUUGAACAUAAAGUAGUAUAUCUUGGUUAUGUCACGUGAGUUUAGGAGUUAGAACACUGUAUUAUUAGUAAUGGCAAUGGAGUUUCUUUUGUUUGCCUCUUUAGUUUCUGAUAAAGUAGUAAAAAACCCACAAGCAUACUGUAAAUGUCCAUCCCCACCUAAGUCUGUUCAUCUUGUUUGAUUCUAUGUAUUUUUCAUAGUUUUACUGAAUGCAGAAAAUAUACUGAAAUAGAAAUGCUUGAAAUGAAUCUUAUCCUCAGUCUUUUAAAGCAUGAAAAUCAUGCAGUUUAUUUAUGGGCUUGCAUAUGGCAACUUUUGUAGUAUUUCUUCAGGACAGCAUCAUUUUCUCAAUGGUAUGAAAUCUUAAUUGAAUGAGAUGUGAGUUUUAAAGUAGAUUAUGUAGCAAGAAUGACUUUGCAAGUAAGUAAUAAUUAAAUGUUUUUUUCCAAAA